CGGGUCCAACCAAAAGUCCUGAUUCCUGAACUGUCUCGUCCAAUCCCAACCCGGCAACGCGAUAGGAAUAGGAUCAAUCCUCGCGUCGCGUGCUCUCGUCUCGCCUUCGCGCAGCCCCAGCUCCGUCCACCACCAUCCGCCACCGUCCUCACUCUCGAUCCACGCCGCAGCUACCCCGGGAGGAAACAGAUCGGAGAAGGUGAUCGGUUGUGAUGGCCCGCUUGUACGUCGGCAACCUGGAUCCCCGGGUGACCGCUCGGGAGCUGGAGGACGAGUUCCGCACGUUCGGGGUUCUUCGCAGUGUUUGGGUGGCUCGGAAACCACCUGGCUUUGCAUUUAUUGAUUUUGAUGAUAAGAGGGAUGCUGAGGAUGCAAUCCGUGACCUAGAUGGCAAGAAUGGAUGGAGAGUUGAGCUAUCUCGUAAUGCCAGCAGUGGUCGUGGUGGCCGUGACCGAUAUGGUGGUUCUGAGUCCAAGUGUUACGAGUGUGGUGAGACUGGCCACUUUGCUCGUGAGUGCCGUUUGAGGAUUGGUUCUGGAGGUCUAGGCAGUGGAAGGCGCCGAAGCCGUAGCCGCAGCCGCAGCCGCAGUCGUAGUCCCAGAUAUCGCCGGAGUCCAAGUUAUGGUAGAAGGAGUUACAGUCCUGCAGCACGCUCUCCAAGGCGUCGUAGCGUGUCACCAGCUCGUGGGCGCAGCUAUAGCAGGUCACCACAGUACAAACGUGCACGAGAAGACUCUCCCUAUGAUAAUGGAUACCGCCGCAGCAGGAGCUAGAGCCAGAUCCUUGUAUCUGAUGAGUGUCAUGUGACAUAUUGGGAAAGCUAUAUGAUCAAUAACCUGCUUGAAAGAUCGUUCGCCGACUGCUUGACUUUGGUUAAGGUUCUCAUAACUUUUUUAUAUACCUUAUUAUGCUUGUGUCUACUUUAUAAGUAGUAGUAAAACCUCUUGAUGGGUGUGUUUGUUGAACUAAGACCUACUGUCUUUUCUUGUGUGGUAAAAAGGCAUCGUCCUGCACUGCUUAAACGACUCGGCCGACUACGGCUUUCAGUUCUGUCUUCAUGGUUUUGUUCUGCGCUCUUCAUUCUUCACACACCCUCGCAUGCUUCAUUCAAUCAGCCGCGUGUUUGUCUGCCUGCGUAUCUUCGUGAACCACAUGCUUCGUUGAAGAUGCUGCACAUCGCAAAAGCAGUAAUAACCUUCCUUCUCGUACCAUUUGGUAAGGUUUGAUUUGCUGACAAAUGCAGCAUCUGGUAAGUUUCUCCAUAGGUUCGGUCUCCGUGCGCUGCUCCUGGUUCAGGAACUGCAGUAUGUUAGAUGGAUGAUGACUCACCUACUCGUGUUAUCAUGCCUUCAGAGGACCCAGGUUAGUGAGUGCCAGAAAGUGAAUUCACCUGGCCAAAUGCUACGUUGAGCCGACUUUGGCUUGGCUCUGUGAUCUCCACUUGCUUCCACAUGCUGCCUUCGACGAAGGAAGUCUUCCUCGCCUUCUGCUUCCUUCUCUGCAGCAUCCUGUUUGAUAUUCUUCAUAGAUGCUUCUUCGAGUGCCAUACAGUCAUCCUGAUUGAUGUUCAUCACAUCAUACAGCCUGUGUUGACAUCAAAUCUCCUCCAUCCAUCAUAUGCCACCAUUUUUUCUCUCUAAUGGACAAUGUAGUUACAUUCUUAUUAGCUUUAUUUCCUGUUUGAUAGGGUAAAUGUCAGAUGCUGUUUGACAUAUAAUGGUAAUUGGCACCCUAUUUGAUCAACACAUGGUUGCUAAUUUGCUGC